GCCGCCGGAGCGCGGGCUGUGACACGCCGGAGGCACUGCGGAGAAGAGGCUGCGCUCCCCAGCAUGGAGAUCAAAGACCAGGGGGCGCAGAUGGAGCCGUUGCUGCCGACGAGAAAUGAUGAAGAGGCUGUUGUGGAUAGAGGAGGAACACGCUCCAUUCUCAAAACACAUUUUGAAAAGGAAGACUUGGAAGGUCACCGAACAUUGUUCAUUGGAGUUCAUGUACCACUAGGUGGAAGAAAAAGUCACCGACGUCAUCGGCACCGUGGUCACAAACACAGAAAGAGAGACAGAGAACGAGAUUCAGGAUUGGAGGAUGGGAGAGAGUCUCCUCCUUUUGACACCCCAUCACAGAGGGUACAGUUUAUUCUUGGAACAGAGGAUGAUGAUGAAGAACACAUUCCUCAUGACCUCUUUACUGAGCUUGAUGAAAUUUGCUGGCGUGAAGGAGAGGAUGCUGAGUGGAGAGAGACAGCAAGAUGGUUGAAAUUUGAAGAAGAUGUGGAGGAUGGUGGAGAGAGAUGGAGUAAACCAUAUGUUGCCACUCUGUCACUUCAUAGCUUGUUUGAAUUAAGAAGUUGUAUCUUGAAUGGUACAGUUCUCCUGGAUAUGAGAGCUAAUUCCUUAGAAGAAAUUGCAGAUAUGAUUCUUGACCAACAAGUGGGCUCAGGGCAGCUCAGUGAGGAUGUUCGUCACAGAGUACAUGAAGCUUUACUUAAACAACACCAUCACCAGAAUCAGAAAAAGCUAAGCAACAGGAUUCCAAUUGUCAGAUCCUUUGCUGAUAUUGGCAAGAAACAGUCUGAGCCUCAUUCCAUGGAUAAAAAUGGUCAGAUUGUUUCCCCACAAUCCGCUCCAGCCUGCAUUGAAAAUAAAAAUGAUGUGAGCAGAGAGAACAGCAGUGUUGAUUUUAGCAAG